AUGGCCUCCAAGAACCCUUCUUUAUUGAUCUUGUUUCCAAUAUUCUCUGUGCUUAUUGGUUUGUCUCUGUAUUCAGUUCGUUCUUCGUCGGACGUUGAGAUUCUGAAGCCGUCUUCCGCAUGGAUGGGUGGAAAGUGGAUCCUACUCCACUCCAGCAUUGGUGUUUCGGCCAUGCACAUGCAGCUCUUGAAGAACGACAAGGUCAUCAUCUUUGACCGAAUGGACACGGGCCCCUCCAACCUCUCUCUUCCCAUAGGCGAGUCAUGUGUUCUUAAACCCAAAAAGCCCGCAGACUGCACCGCGCACUCUCUAUUGUACGACUUAGUUUCCGGCACUGUCCGUCCCCUCCUCGUCAAGACAGAUACGUGGUGCUCCUCCGGCGCCGUUUUCCCUGACGGGACUUUAAUCCAAACCGGCGGGUACCAUGACGGGGAUCGCGUGGUCCGCAAGUUUACCCCCUGCGAUGACGAGACCUGCGAGUGGAAAGAGCUUCGGUGGGGUCUUGAGAACCGCCGGUGGUACGCGACCAACCAAAUACUACCCGACGGCCGCGUCAUAAUCAUGGGAGGCCGGCAAGUUUACACUUACGAGUUCUUCCCAAAGAGCUCGGUAAAAGGCAACUCGUCGUCGAGUUAUUACAUGAACUUCUUGAGGGAGACGAUGGACCGUUACGCCGACGAGAACAAUCUUUAUCCGUUUUUGCAUCUCAUGCCGGAUGGGAAUCUUUUCGUUUUCGCUAACAAGAGGUCUAUCUUGUUCGAUUAUAAACGUAACCGGGUGGUGAAAGAGUUCCCGGUUAUACCUGGCAAGUUCAAGAGAAACUAUCCAAGUACGGGGUCGUCGGUGUUGCUUCCUUUGAGGCUGAAUGGGACAGACUUUCCCGAAGCGGAGGUGAUGGUAUGCGGAGGAGCACCGGAGGGUGCGUUCAACAUGUCAGAUACGUUUCAUGUAUUCGUAUCAGCGUCCAAUACCUGCGGAAGGCUGAGAGUGACGGACCCGAAGCCCCAGUGGGUGAUGGAGGAGAUGCCAAUGCCUCGGAUCAUGUCAGACAUGAUACUGUUACCUACCGGCGACGUGAUCCUGAUAAACGGCGCAAUGAACGGAACGGCAGGCUGGGAAGACGCCACGAACCCGGUUUACCACCCGGUUCUUUACAGGCCCAAAGAUCCCCGCCCGGAACGUAGAUUCGUGGUGCUCAACCCGUCAAUGAUUCCCAGGAUGUACCACUCGACGGCAAUUCUAUUACCGGAGGGCAGUAUAUUAGUGGGUGGGAGUAACCCUCACCAGAAGUACAACUUCACGGGGCGUCCUUUCCCAACAGAGUUGAGUCUGGAGGCAUAUCGCCCGUAUUACAUGUAUCCACGGUUCUCUCCACAGCGCCCUUCGAUCCUAACGGUGGAGUCCCAGGACAUGAGCAUAUCGUACGGGCAGACUUUUUGGGCCACAUUCGUGUUGAACAUGUACCAGCCGGAACGGGGGAUCUCGGUGGCGCUCAUAGCGCCGUCGUUUACCACGCACUCGGUCGCCAUGAACCAGAGAAUGGUGGUCUUGGAGGUGACUGUACUGGAGCAGUUGUCCAUAUUUACUUAUAAGAUUACGGUCAAUGGGCCCCCCACAGCCACGGUAACCCCACCUGGGUACUAUAUGCUCUUCGUAGUCCACGCUGGAAUCCCGAGCCACGCUGUCUGGGUGAAGGUUCAGUGA